UAGUAAUAAGAGUAAUGGUUAUUCACAAUUCUCUGACAUUAUUUUUGGCAAUACAAGAACUGGCAAUCAGUAAAAUAAGUGAAACAAAUACGCGGUCAUUAUGCGAGUUACGUUUCAUGGUCAUGCAUAGUUAAGUCGUCUUUACGAUUGUCAAUAUUGAAAUUAGUAUGUAGAGUAUGUUUCUGGAGACAAACGAGUUAGCGAUGUAGAGACGGCCCAGUUAAUGAAUGGGUAUCGGAACAAUGUUUCAGCGUGUAAUUUAUUCAUUACACAGGCGUCCUCGAUUAGGUCGUCACUAACGGAAAGUCUCCGCCUGAUGAACUCUGACGUCCUCGCGAGUAGUGCACGCUAUCGAAGAUCAAUCGUCAUAUUAUCGGUGCAUCGCACACGUUCUUGACUCACAUCGCUUUACGAAAAAAUCAUUUUCAGUGAAACUGUAAAAAUAACCGUAACCAUAACAAAAGUGCUACGAAAACAAACUACGAUAAAAAGCAGUGAAGAUGUCGUGUGUCAGUUUUAACAUGGCAAGGCAUUGAGAGCAAUGGAGAAGUCCGCUCGGGCGCGAGUACUGAACAAGAUAUACACCGGUUGUGGAUGUCUGGUUCCAGCAUGGGCAUUCGAAGACGUAGAAGAAGAACAACUGUACUCGGCGUACACGCACCGCCAGAGACAGCGAGCAGUGCUAAGACUGCUCGCGAUCGGUGCGCUGCUACAAAUAUUUGCAAUAAUCGUGCCAGGAGAGAGGGAUUUACUGUUCGCCUACUCAUCGGUAGUUAUAUCAUUACUGAUAAACCUGGUUCUGGCUACAGCAUACGCUUGCAUCCGACCUGCUCGGUCCGCACUCACGCAUAUCGCCUGGCUCGUGGUUUGGAUGCAACUUUUGAUAAGCGCAUCUCGUCGACUUGGAGAUUCCUACAAUGAAUUACUGGGAUGGGCCUUCGUUAUCCAAUACUUCACUAUUACAACUAUGCCAUUUCAUCACUUCAUAUUGAUGGUGUACACUUGUCUAUCUCUCACUGCUUAUCUUAUGGUGCAAUACUACAAUGCUUCGACUGCGGAGAGCAGAUUCGCUGAGGAUUUUCCAAAUCAGCUAGUGGCUAAUGGGUGUUUACUAAUCUCGGCUUCGGUAUUGGGAGGAGCAGAGUAUUUAAUAAGCGAUAAACUGCAACGUUUGUCGUUUCUUGUAACAAAGAGAAGUCUUCACGACAAACUUACCAUAGAACAACAAAGUAAAGAACAGGAGCGUUUGUUGCUCUCGGUGCUACCAGAGCAUGUCGCGGUUCAGAUGCGCAAAGACUUGGGUUUGAUCGACACACAGUUCAAAAAGAUUUAUAUGUCACGGCACGAAAACGUGAGCAUCCUGUACGCAGAUAUCGUAGGAUUCACGGCUAUCUCAUCUACUUAUUCUGCUCAAGAUCUAGUGGCAAUUCUCAACGAGUUAUUCGCACGUUUCGAUAGACUGGCCGAGAAAUACCAGCAGUUGCGUAUAAAAAUCCUUGGCGACUGCUACUACUGCAUAAGCGGCGCGCCGGUAGAGCGGCCGGAUCAUGCCGUUUUGUGUGUGCACAUGGGAUUAUCUAUGGUCAAAGCUAUUAAGUACGUACAACAGACCACAAACUCGCCAGUGGACAUGCGCGUGGGCAUCCACACUGGUGCAGUCCUGGCUGGAGUACUGGGUCAGCGCCAAUGGCAGUUCGACGUCUAUUCCAGAGACGUUGAGCUCGCCAACAAGAUGGAAAGCAGUGGGAUGGCUGGUCGUGUCCACAUCUCCGAGGUGACCCUGGGGUUCUUGAACGACGAGUUCGAAGUGGAGCCGGCACACGGCGAGCGCCGCGAGGAGAUGCUGCGGCAAGCUGGUAUCAAGACUUACUUCAUCGUCCGCGUGCUUAAACCAUACCAGGGAGGCGAAGAGAGAAUAACGCUGGAGGGCGAGGCGGAGGGUGGCGACGCCGCCGACACGCUCUCCGAUCUCAAAGACGACGACGAGGACUCGGUUCUAUCCCCGCAAGACGAGAGCAAGGACAGCGAACAACAGAAAAUACUCUCUAUGUUGCAAGAAGAACUCGUGAAUAGAGAUGACGACAAGGAACUCGCGGAUGGCACGACUCUGUGCCUCACGUUCAAGGCGGCGGAGACAGAAAAGGCUUUUAUGGAGAGGAGGGACCCUUACCCUUUGACGGCGGCUGGACCGCCGUUGUUCUUCCUACCGGCUACGUUGAUCCUGGCCACAUUCGCCGUGCCGCCCACCUGGCCUGUAAGCGCAGUCUACCUCGCGCUCAUCCUGGAGACUGGCGUGAUCAAUGUCAUUUACUACGCUGGCUGUAGAUAUGCGCAAUAUAAGAAAAUUUCAGUAAGUCCAUACUGGAAAUUGACUUGCAGUAUGUUCAACAUAGGGAUGUACGUAGCAGCCAAUGUCGUUCCUUUGAUAAUUUGCGGCGGCUUCGAGACCGCUCUGCAGGAUGGGCUGCGUGCCGAUGCGCCCGCGCACAGCGGUGCCCGCCGCUGCCUACAUCCUUCCUACUUCUACCACGUGGGCGGGGGCCUUUUAUGCGGCGUGCUUUGGGUAACGCCGAUGGGCGGUUGCGCGCGGACGGCGCUACUGACGCUACUGGCGACGGCGUUCGCGCUACCUUCCGCGCUACACCCCGCGCUAUUAGCGCCACGGCCGACCCUCGACCGCGACCCCUUCAGGGAAAGCUACAACGCAACGAUGGAUUAUGACGAAAACGUAUUAGAAAUACUGUCACAAAUCCACAAAGCCAGACACAUCGUGAUGUUGUUUUUCAUAACAAUCAUCGUACUCAUAUUCAAUAGAUAUAUCGAAUCGCUGGAGCGCGCGCGGCAUUCGCGAGGGGAACGCAUGCGUGUACAGGCUGAGCAAGCCGCCGACCUGCGCCAGCGCAACCAGGCGCUCGUGCACAACGUGCUGCCGCCGCACGUGGCGCGCCACUUCAUGGGCGCGCGCCACCACCACCGCGACCUCUACAGCCAGAGCUAUGCAGAGGUCGGCGUGCUCUUCGCCUCUAUGCCCAACUUCUCAGAGUUCUACUCGGAAGAAACGGUUAACAACCAAGGCCUGGAAUGUUUGCGAUUUCUCAACGAGGUUAUAUCGGACUUCGAUCUGCUCCUAGAAGAUGCUAGAUUCAAAGAUAUUAUAAAAAUCAAGACUAUCAGCUCUACGUAUAUGGCUGCAUCAGGCCUAAACCCAACUCGACAAAUGCAGCCCUCAGAUGGCGUGUUAGUCCGGUGGAAGCACCUGGCCUGCCUGGUAGAGUUCGCGCUGGAGCUGCAGCACGUGUUGACUGGGAUCAACGAGCAGUCGUUUAACCACUUCGUAUUGAGACUCGGCGUCAACCACGGCCCCAUCACGGCCGGCGUCAUAGGCGCCAGGAAGCCCCACUACGACAUAUGGGGAAAUACCGUCAACGUCGCCUCGAGAAUGGAGAGCACGGGGAAAGCUGGCUGCAUACAGGUCACGGAAGAGACUUGUCACAUUCUGGAAAACUUUGGUUAUUACUUCGAACAACGGGGCCUAGUCGCAGUCAAAGGGAAGGGCCAGCUCAUGACCUACUAUCUUCAGGGGAAGCACGCCAGCGGUACACCACAACCGAUCAAACAACCCGACGACGUUUCUGCCCUAGACGAGGGCGGCGCAGGCGACGCGCUCUUAGCCAACGGCGGCACGCCCGCGCCCAAUCGCCCUUCACCGCGCCACGCAGCCUCCGAAGAUGACAAACCCCUCUUACAAUCUCAACCACCACCAACCGAGUAGUUCUAUACCUUUUGUUCUAAAGCGUACCCACCACGUAAAACGCAAUCUUUACAAGUCACUGAAAAGUUUCAUAACGCCAAAGUCUAUUAGUGCAUAGUUAAUGAGAGCUUAGAGCGUACUCGCUCUCCUUUGGCAAUAAUCAUUUUUAUUUUCAAAGUACAAUUGGUAGAUGUCUCACAAACAAAAGUUUUCAGUUACCAAAAUUGUACUCGUAGUAAAAACGAAUCUUCGGAAAAUUCUAAUAAUAUGUUUAGAAAUCGGUUAUUUUCAUUUCAAAAUCGUAAAUCUUAAAUUAUCUUACACGCCUCUUUUCUCAUCCAAAGAUCGUUAACCUUUUGUUUGAAGCCAUUGACCUUGACCGCGUCACGUAAUUUUACGAUGGCUUUGUUGAACAAAAUGGUCAUUCCUUCAUAGUACUAUUUCUGUGACUGUAAAAAUAACGGUACGUUUCGAAAUUCAUAAAAAGGUGAAAUACUGAUAUUCCAAUAAAAUAUUUGAAACGGAUUACGCUUACUGCAAAAAAAACUUGAUAUUUGUUAUUAUGCCUUAAUUUAUCAAGUAAGCUUGAGUAUUAAUAAAACACCACUAAUAUAUCUAAUAAUAAAGUAUUUAGCUGUAGAGAUGUAGUGUAAGACACAAUUACUUUAUUGAUGUGUAAUUUUACAUACUAUGUUUUGCAUAUCUCAUAGAGAUGUGAUUUUGACAAGUUUUAAAAUUCCUUGAAUAAUGAAAAGAAUGAAAAUCGGACGCUAAAUGCAAUCCUGAUGGUCUAUAGAUACCUACCCAUUAACAAAAAUUAAAAUAUAUUUACAUGGGAUGACCAAGCGCUGGUUUAGAUAGAGCAGACAAUAUACAUAGGUACAGAAAUAUUAAUCAAACUGAAAUUUUAACUCAUAAUCAUGAAUUUAUGUAACAAAAUUUGAGUUUUUGUUUAAACAAGGAGACUUUAAAAAAUCUCGUUUCCGAUAAGAAUGUGUGAACGUAUCUAUCGUGGUAAUUAAAAUUACCGCCUUGAAUUAACUUGCGGAUAAUAAUGAGAAAGUGAAUGUAGCCUAAUGGUCAUUACGUAAGAUUCCGACUCAUGCUGAAGCCUGUGACGAGGUGUCAUGAGGUCAUCUGCUGCGUUAAGAUUACUAGAGGAAAAAGGGACAAAAAAGUAACUCCACUCAAUAUAAAACGUGUCAGCAGAUAACGCGUUACCGCCACUCAUUAUGAAUCCUAGAAUCCAUAAAAGCCAGCCCAUUAAAUUGGCCCUUGCGACAUUUGCGCAAAGUAGGAGGAAACAGCUUUUUUCGCAUUCUAAAAAACACAAGUACAUGUGCAUUGUGCAGCUCACUUCGAUUGGUUCCACAAAGGAAAAACAAUAAUUAAAAGUGGCAUUAUAUUACUCCUAAAACAGACGCUCUAUCUAUUAUUUAUUAUUUUCCACUUAUCAGCGAACUGUUUAUUCCAUUCGGUGCUAUUUCUCACGCGUCACGUGUGUAUCAAUGAAGCGGCAAGACGCAAGCAGAAUAGUUAGACAAUAGAAAGGUUUAAUCAUAAGAAUGUUAGACCAAAUAAUGUGACUCAACUUGUUUUGUUAAAUCCAUUGAUUUAUAUCAAGGAUGAGGAGAAGAUUUGCUUUUUAGAUUAAAAUGCAUACACUUCAUGAUUACUGAGUUGGUAUUACUUGGUCCCUGGUUCCAGGAUAGACCCAUCAUUUAUUCUCGUAGACCUUAAAAAGAUGGUACCUAUUUAAAGUUGUUUUAUAGCAUUUAAUAUGAAUAGUGAUACAAACGCUGUAAUUAGAACAAAAACCACGUACAAAUUACUGCUACAAUAUCUAACAAAAGUAGGAUUUACGGGUAGUCAUCUGCAGUCGGUAUUUCUUCAUAUUUACAUCGGCUGUGUCUCUAAAUGUCGGCAGACGAAAUGUGCACGCUCUUGAUCCUUUGAUCGAGCGGCAUAUUAACGAUGGGUGAUUGUUAUUAAACAAACAAAUAAUUUGCCUGUUGAGUUUAAACCACAGACAAAAUGUUGAAAGAAAAACCACCAUUUGUUCUCUCAAUAAAUUGUUAGACAAUAAUUAAUUACCAGCUAAUGUUAGCGCACGUGCGGAAAUUAGUAACGCAUAUUUCUGUCGUUUGGUUGUUCUAAAAUAAUUAAUAAAUAAAUAUAGAGAUACUUGCACAUCUACAUGUUGCGCACUAGCCUAAGAGAUACAUGCUAUAAUUAUGUUAGUACCUACAAGGGGGUUCUGGAACAAAUAAUCUCUAUUGAAAACGGAACUUAAAGCUUUUAACUACCCGACAUUAUAAUUUCACUAUUCACAUGCAAAAACUUUCACAUACGUUGUUCUUUCCAUAUAAAUAUCUCAUCUUAACAGUUAGUUGGUGGUCCCAUAUAAAAGAUUUUUCAUGGGGUUUAUUAGAGAGAACUCUUUUGGUUAGUGUGCUAGAUCGCAAGAUCUCCUUAAAUAUGUAUACAGCAUCGAUUCAUUCGAUUGUUUAGACGCAAAACGCUCAUCGAUAUUACAAAUACGCGACCUAACUUCGGCAUUCAGAGAUACGUAGCCCUUUACAAUCUCAUGUCUACAAGUAGCUAUAUUGUGAUAUUUAUUACUAGUGUAUAGAUUGGUUAGCAUCAAUGUCGCAUAGUCCAGGUAGCGUGAGUUGAUAUUUUGUGUCUGAAUUAACUAGGUGAUGAUUAAUACAUUUUAAUGAUUAGUGUAGGUUCAUAAAAUUAUUUGGAAACUGUGCUUUCAUAACGUCGCCUAGUAUUAAUUUUUAGCCUAAGAAAUUAUCACGAAUGUGUACUUUUGUAUUAGAAAAAUACUUAGAUUAGGGCAUAGUAUAAACUUUGCUACUCUAAUUAGAAUUACCAUACAUUUAGUUUAAAGUUUUAUCUGUAUCUAUAUG